GGGGCGGGCGCUGAGCCUCAGCGAUGGGUGCUGAGGGUUUGCCCUUGGGUACCCUGGGUGCUGAGUAGGGGGUGCUGGAUGCUGGGCACUGGCUGCUUGCUUUUGGGUACUGGGUCAUGGGGAUGGGGUGCUGGGUGCUGAGUGCUGGUAUUGGCUGUUGGCGCUGGGUGCUGGGCGCUGAAUACUGGGUGCUGGAUGCUGGGCACUGGGCGGUGGUACUGGGUGUUGGUGGGUGCUGGGCACUGGUGCUGGGUGCUGGUGGGCACUGGUGCUGGGUUCUGGGCACUGGUACCAGGCGUUGGAGGUGGGCACUGGUGCUGGGUGCUGGUGGGCACUGGUGCUGGGUGUUGGUGGGCACUGGUGCUGGGUGUUGGUGGGCACUGGUGCUGGGUGCUGGGCACUGGUGCUGGGUGCUGGUGGGCACUGGUACUGGGUGUUGGUGGGCACUGGUGCUGGGUGUUGGUGGGCACUGGUGCUGGGUGUUGGUGGUGGGCACUGGUGCUGGGUGUUGGUGGGCACUGGUGCUGGGUGCUGGGCACUGGUGCUGGGUGCUGGUGGGCACUGGUACUGGGUGUUGGUGGGCACUGGUGCUGGGUGUUGGUGGUGGGCACUGGUGCUGGGUGCUGGGCACUGGUACUGGGUGUUGGUGGGCGCUGGUGCUGGGUGCUGGUGGGCACUGGUGCUGGGUUGGAGGUGGGCACUGGUGCUGGGUGUUGGUGGGCACUGGUGCUGGGUGCUGGGCACUGGUACUGGAUGUUGGUGCUGGAAACUGGUGCUGGGUGCUGGGCACUGGGUGCUUGCCCGGAGGUCCCUGCCCCUCCAGUCCCAGGUCGGUGCUCCAAGGGUGCCCCUCGUGCUGUGGGCACUGGUGUGACUGGGUGGGGGGGAGGUGCCCUGCGGGGGAGGUGUCUGUCCUGGGUGCCUUCCCCAGGCCCCGCUCCCCCCCCACGGUGUUCCGCAGCCCCAAGACCAUCGCGGGCAUUGCCUCGGCCGUGGUGCUCUUCAUCGCCAUCGUCACCACCAUCGUCUGCUGCUUCAUGUGCUCCUGCUGCUACUUGUACCAGCGCCGGCAGCACCUCCGCACCCCCCUGCAAGGCCCGGAGAUUCCGCUCUCCAGCUACCCCCCAGCACCCCCCGCAGCCCCCUUCCCCAUGGACCCCAAAGCCGGACCCUUGCCCCCCCAGCCUGGCUUCGCCCCCAUGGCCAUGUACCCGCCGGCUGGCCCCGCUCCCCAGUACCCACUGUACCCAUCUGGCCCCCAAGUCUACAACCCCACAGCGCCUCCGCCCUACGUCCCGGCACAGCCCAGCUACCCUGGAGCCUGAGCACCCACGGGGACCCCAGCACCCUCCUCCCGCCGCCGGCCAGCGGGGCCGGGCUGGGGACCCUCAUCCCCCCGCCACGGGGCCAGGAGGGUGCCCUGGCCGUGGCUGGAUCAGGCCCUUCCCAGCCGUCCCGGGGAUGACCCCGUGCCGGCAGCACAGGGCGGCUCUUGUCCUGCACACUGGGCCCUUUGUGGGUGCCUCUGCCCCGGCUCUGGGUGCCAACAGUCCCGUUGCACCCACAGGGGGGGUGCCCGGGGGUGGGUCCCCCGAGGGCCGUGUAUCACUGCACCCCUGCACACCCGUGCCCGGAUUUGGCCCCGGCUCUUCCCCCCGCCCGGGGUUGGCAUUAAACCACAUCUUGUGCCCCACAA